UGCAUCAGGAAAUGUGGUAAACAGCACCAAGGGCCUCGAAGAUAUUGCCAAUAAUAAAAAUAAGUAGCUUAAUGCUUUUGUCAGUCGAGACAGCUGUAUCAUUAUUUAGGGGAUAGGAGCAGAACGUUUCUGCGUGGGAGUCCCUUGACUAUUCUCUGGAUCCUGCUUCUAGUUUCUAUUUGGUCACGCCCACCCCCCUCACACACAUGAGUGCUGUUUUCUCCUUGAGCUGGGCCAAGCGCCAUGCCUGACCGGGACAGCUCCUACCUGUCAGGUGGCAGUGGGGGUAGUCUGGGUGAGGAAGGAGGACCUGGGUCUGCAGGGGGCUCAGCCGAGGGCAGAGGGGGCUCAGGAGGAGGUGGCAACGGCUCUGGGAGCAUGGGGGGAGGAGGAGCUCUCGGAAAUGGUACCAGUUGUGGGAAUGGUGGAGGUGGGGGGCAAGGCUCAGGACUGGCAAUAGGAGGUGUCUGCAGGGACUUCAUACGCAAUGUCUGCAAGAGGGGAAAGCGCUGCCGCUUUAGACACCCAGACUUUAACGAAGUUCCAGAUUUGGGAGUGCAAAAAAAUGAAUUCAUUUUCUGUCAUGACCACCAGAACAAGGAGUGUAUGCGCUCCAACUGCCGCUUUGUCCAUGGAUCUAAAGAGGAUGAGGACUAUUACAAGAAAACAGGAGAGCUACCCCUCAGACUAAGAGGGAAAGUUGCAGCACGACUAGGCCUGUCCCCCAUCGAUCUCCCCCAUAGCCGUGGGGAAGUCCCUAUCUGCAGAGACUUUCUAAAGGGAGAGUGCCAGAGGAGCAAUAAGUGUAAAUUUCGUCAUGUCCAAAAAGACUUUGAAUAUGAGCCGUCAAGGGUUGGAGUGGGUGGUGUGAUAGGGCCAGGGCCCACUGGAAUGGUGAAUGCUGGGGGAGGGAUAGGUGUUGGAGCAGGAGGUCCCUGUGGAGGAAUGCAAGGACUUGUGGGAGGUGGAAGUGGAAGUAACAUGAUGGGGAUGGGCUGCCCCAUCCUGGGCGGUUGCAGAGAUCCCGGUAUCAUAGGAGUUGGGGGGGUAGGUGUAGGUGGGAUGAGCACUUGUCUGUCCAUGAAUUCUACAGGCCAACGACGGUAUGAAAGGAGCUCAGUGUAUGACCCUCUGCUUGAAAGUGGGCUGUUUGAUGCAAGCUCUCUGGAGGCCUCUAUGGACCACACUGCUCUACAGUUGAAGAGGCGACGGUUGGAGGGGCUGCGCCUGGCAGAUGUGACUGGAGGUGUGCACUACGAGCUGGGACUUCAUGCCACCUUGCCACCCCGUCCUCUGGAGUUCAGGUUCCUGGAGGAAGAUAACUGCCUGCUGAGGAAAAGAGUGGAAGAGCUGAAGAAGCAGGUUUCAAAUCUAAUUGCCACAAAUGAGGUUCUUCUGGAUCAAAACGCCCAGUUCCGCAGCCAGGCCAAGGUGAUGACGAUGUCCUCCACUCCUGUGCCCACUGAGCAGAGUCUGGUUCCCCCUUUGGGUGCAAUAGGUUCCUACAAUCAUAGCAUUGCCCAGACUCACACCACCCUGAGCAGCGCUGGACUGCAGCCUCGGCCUGUCACCCAGCAAGAUAUGGUAGUUUCUUCCGGCGCCCCUUCAGCGCCCCCUACUAGCGCCCAAUCUUCAGCCCCUCUGCCUCACCUCAACCCUGAGAUCACCCCCCUGUCAGCCGCUCUUGUACAGACCAUUGCCCAAGGGAUGGUGCCACCUGUUUCUAUGGCCCCAGUGACUGUAUCUGUGGCAUCAGUGGCAGUGUCCAUGACGCAGCCGAUGCCUGGUAUCACCAUGAGUCAUGCCACCACCCCAAUGGUGUCGUACCCUAUUGUGAGUCAAAGCAUGAGGAUCACCACUCUCCCUCACUGAUAAAGUGCAGGGCUGUAGAACCCACACAUCAGACUGUAGCAUUCUUAAAGGUGGGGUAGGUAAUUUUGGAGAAACCAGCUCGAGUGCACUAGAAUUUGAAAAUACACAACCGGAAAAAAUCUGCCACUUCCUUACAGAGCCCCUCCUCCAACACACACGAACGCGCACAUGACCAAUGAGGGCACGAGAUAAGUUUGUGCACAGAUGGAAGGCUGACAGGCAGGUAGGCCAUCCAGUUAUUUUUACAGUAUUACGGCUUCCACAGAUGAAAUAUUUUUAUGGAUUUUUUGUCAAAGCACUAAAGAUAUUCAUUGCUAUCGGGAUGUUAAGAGCAUUCCAUGGAAUAUAACAAAAAGUGUUUCUGAAAUAAAUUGCACACCCCACCUUUAAUUAUAAUGAAAGAAAAGCAUUGAAACUUUCGUUAAAAGGUCUGGCAUUGGAUGAAUGAAAUUAAUUUGAGCUCUACCCCACCUUUAACUGUGAUUUUUAACAAAGAUUGUUUCAAUGUUUUCUGAGACUCAACUAAAGACAGAACAGUGAAAAUGGUCUGAUAAUUGACAAUUGCAAUACUCCACCAGAGGGCAGGAUGAAGACACCCAGUUUUAUGGCAACAUUACAAAGACAAUUUUCCUUCAGACUGACCGACCUGUUAACAGUUUGUGUACCAAAUGUACCAAUUACCAUUUCUUCAAUACUGCUGUGCUGUCAUUUUGAAGACAAUAUGUUUGUGUAUCUGGUGAAAACCAACUAUGGUACAUUUAAAAAAAAAUCACUGAA